CGGAGCACCCCUGGCUGCCACCGCCCCCGUCUCGAGCGGCGCAGCAUCCACUCGUCCACCACGGUCAUGCAACCGUGACGAGACCGGAUCCGUCACACGCACCUGCAGAUGCUCGACAAUCUGCCCCCAUGCCUCGUUUCGGUGAACAAGUGGUUCAUGGGGUGCCUGCGGAGGAGGUCCCUGCUCCGGUGUCCGAUUCAUUGUCGACCCCGAUUCCGACGACGACGGGUGGUGGUCGGUCUGCCCCACAGCCUCCACCCGUGUUGACCGGAUCGUUAGACCCUUUGCAGUGCAUUCGCGACCUUGCAGUCACCCAAAGCGCGACACCUGUGAGUCCUGGCGGGAUGUUGGAUGCCGGGGUCCUCGGCGGGAGAGCCACGACGGCACGAUGCCGGGGCACUUACAGGCAGCAGGCCGUCACGUCAUAUUAUUCGGACCCUUUAGAGCGCGUGUGGCAUCUGCAAAUCAUGCGGUUCAUCGUCGAGAGCGGAAUGCCGUUCAACUGCUCGCAGCUUGAAAGCUUCAAACGCAUGUUCACGAUGAUAAUCCCGCCAGUGGUUCCGGGGGCGGCCGCGCCUAGACUUCCCUCCUACCACAUGCUGCGCACGACCCUUUUGGAUGAGCUGGAUGGUGAGGUCCAGAAGUGUGUUCGGCCGGUGCUUGACACGUCGAGAGAGACCGGUUGCACAAUCAUGACCGAUGGUUGGUCCAACAUCCGUGGCCAGACGUUGUGCAACUACCUUGUUGGGACAGAGAUCGGGGUAGUGUAUAUGGCCACCGACGUCAUGCGCGGGAAAAAGGACGCCAGUGCCCUCGCGAACGCAUGGUUGAAAAGAGUGAAGUCCAUGGACAUUCAAUUGAGCGACAUCACAGCAUCCGUGACGGACUUCGCCGGAGUGAACGUUGUGGCGAUGGAGGUAUUCCAAAAAUAUGAGAGCGUGAAACACAUCUUCUGGAUUCCUUGCGUCGCCCACGUCAUGGACCUCAUUCUCGAGGACAUCGGCGGGACUGAUUGGGUGGCUUCCCGCAUUGCGCAAGCGAGGCUGGUUACACGGUUCUUCAAGCGCCAUGGACAUGCGAGAGAGGUUCUUGAGGCGCACUCGACGAAGACUCUUCUGCUACCGGCGGAGACGCGUUUCGACACGAACGUCAUCAUGAUGGAGAGGUUGGUGGAACUGCGGGCAGCGUUGAUAGGUGUUGUGGGCGACGAUCGUUGGCGUGAGACUGUUUGGUCGAUCAGCAAGAUCCGCAAGGACGCCGCGGAGGACGCUAUUGUCGAGGUUUUCAUUAGGCGGCGCACCAUGUUCAAGACCCCCGCCCACACAGCAACCAUGCUGCUAGAUCCGAGGUUCCGGGACGCGACGUUGUGURACGAUGCGGAGGUGCAGCAGGCCUUGGUCGAGGCCCUAGUACAGUUCGGCUACUCGGAGGGAUCGCCUCAGCACCGGGAGGUCCAACGAGCGGUCGCCAAGCUCUACACGAGGGAGCCCCCUUUCGAUGAGCUCACCAUGCGGCGAGCUGCGGAUAUCUUUGAUCACCCUGCCAGUUUUUGGUCCUGUAAGAAGGGGAAGUUCCCUCACACGGCGGUGUUUGCAAGCAGGAUCCUUCGUAUAUGGGCGACCGCAUCCGAGUGUGAGAGAGCCUGGUCUCGUUGGAGCUUCAUUCAUUCGAAGUCUCGCAAAGGGUUGGAGGUUCCUCGGGCUGAGAAGCUUGUGCGGUGCCACUGGAACCUCAGGCUACUCGAUCGACCUUCGUUGUGCGACGACGGUGUUGGGGAGAGGUCCGGCGUCUUCGGGAAAUGGGUGCAUUAUUGGCAGGCCGUGGAGGACGAGGCGGUCGUGGACCAGCAGCUCGUCAGAGGCACCGGUGCGCUGGCCAACGUGACCGAGGAGGAGUUGAGCAUUGCCAGAGAGAGGAUGCGCGCCGUUUCCCGCAUGGGAGCCGAGCGUCGGGUGGUGGAGUCGGACAGGCGGCGACGCAAGGCCGGUGGUCGGGGACGUGGCGGCCGUGGACGAGCAGGUGUCGGAGGAUGGACACGUGGCGAUGCGGGUUCCGCUCCUCGGACUCGGCGACAGCGGACGGAUGGUUGCAUUCGUAGGGCCCGCAUGCGUUGGGACGAGGGUGACUUCUUGUUCGACAGCACAUCCAGCGACGACGACGAUUUCUUUGCGUCGGGAACACAUGCAUCCACGGGCGAUGAUAGAGGUGACGCUGACGACAGAGGCGAUGAUAGAGGCGAUGGUGAUGGCAGAGGUGAUGGCACAGGGCCCGGGGGAGGGGGAGGGGCCCAAGGGGGGGUUGAUGGAGCAGGGGCCGGGGGAGGGGGCGGGGGAGGGGGGGGGGGAGGGGGCGUGGGCGAGGGCGUACGACGUGAUGACGGUGACGGAGGCGGAGGCGAGGGCGGGGGAGGACCGGGAGGUGAUUCAACAUGGCCCGGGGACGGUGACGAGGGGGGAGAUGGUGGAGGCGGUGAGGGAGAGGGCGACGGUGGAGGGAGCGAGUGUCGUGGCGACAGGGUUGAGGAGAGUGUGGACGACGAUCUUCUGCCCGGUGGUCAGAUCGGUUUGCAGCGGUUGCGACGUGGGGGCAGACGGGAUGACAAUAUUGCGUCUCGUGUGCGCAAACGUCGUGGCCACAUUGCGACCGACACGGGGGCAUGUGUCAUGCGGCAGGACCCGGUUGCCGUGUCAGAGGACGAACGUCCUCUGACGGGCCACCACGUCGGCCUCGACUGCCCGCCCGGCAGUCUUCCGCGCACCGACGAGUUAUUGAACAUGGAUUCCGCCUUGGCAUCACUGUCCGAUGUGUCGCUAUUGAUAUCUCCCACUUUGGCGGUUGUGCCACCACCGGAGCCUGCUAGACGAGACGACGAGCGUCGCAACAGAGGGUUCGACGAGUUCGGCGGUGACACGAUACUGCAUCCUUUAGAGUCCGGCACUCCAGGCAUUUUUCAUGUCGGUGCACUGUGGGCAGUGGAGCARGGGUUGGCGGAGGAGGUGGCACGAAACCGUCGUGGCGGACCGCCCGUUGCGGCGCAACGUAGUCUGGGAGGUUCACUAGAGGCAGCGUCUGGAGAUUUUGUGGCACAGGGGGGUCAUGGUUCGCAUCAGUUGUCGGACGACGUGUCAUCGGUCCGUCCACCGGACGAGGGCGAGCAGCGAGAGCGACAUCGAGGCUCGACGGAGACUUUAGAGGCGAGGCAUCCCGGAGUUAUCCGCUCGGUCGAGGGCGUGGCCCAUGAUACGGCACAACCAGGGAGCGCAAACGCUGCAUGGUACAUCGGGGAGGGCAUCGAGCGCAUAGGGUCAUCGACCGCACACGACGUCGGAGGAGGCGGGGGCGGGGGUGUGGGUGGCGCAGACGCUACACGGUCCUUCGGGGAGGGCAUCGAUGCGCAGGGGGGCAUCAAGCGCAUAGGCUCAUCAACCGUACACGACGUUGGUGACGCGCACAUAGAUGAGCCUCGACCGCAUCUGAUGGGGAUGCGUGACAUCAUGCGUCCACCACCGUCACGCUCCCCUGUCGCUGACCCCGUCGCCCACGGGCAGGCCUCGCAGAGCGCAUUGCCGACGAGGUUUUUCUGCGACGGUGCGGCCAUGGACCGGAGGGCGUGCGAUAUCGGACAUGCAUCAUCAUGUGGACCGGCAGAUGUGCCCGCGGGGGCGAGAUUGAUCGGCAACGUCGAUGGCACUUGUCACGGUUCCAUGAGAGCUUACGAGGAGCAGCAUGGGAGGCCUAUACGGGCCAAGACGACCGAUGCCCAUGACACGAGGACGGCUACUGCGAGGCUAUCACGGACGAGGAAGAAGGGAACARGUGCGUCGAUUCYGUAUCACCGACGCCGCCCGCAUCCUUUUUUCYGCAACCGUGACGAGACCGGAUAGAUGCCAGCUGCUGCAGAUGGACGGGGCGGGCUGGACGUAGGUGACAGAGUGGACGAAUCAGGACGAGGUGAGAAGAGACGAGGUGGCACGAUGAUCAUCCACGACGACAGCUCCACAGCCGCUGAGGGUGGUGAGACCACAGGCGCCGACGAC